AUGAAUGGUACAGCAUCAUUAAAUAAUAUUAAACGGGAUGACCCGCCAGCACUGCGGAACCCUUACACUUCACACUACUCUGACUUGCUUAGCCGGGUAAACAACUUCUCUAUUAUCGAGUCGACCCUGAGAGAGGGCGAGCAAUUUGCCAAUGCUUUCUUUGACACAGAUACGAAGAUAGAAAUAGCUAAAGCCCUGGAUGCUUUUGGAGUUGAAUACAUCGAACUUACUUCGCCUGCAGCUUCCGAACAGUCACGGGAGGACUGCGUUGCGAUUUGCAAACUUGGUCUUAAGGCAAAAAUUCUCACUCACAUACGAUGCCAUAUGGGCGAUGCAAAAAUUGCCGUUGAAACCGGUGUCGACGGUGUCGAUGUAGUGAUCGGCACAUCAUCUUAUCUACGUGAAUUUUCGCAUGGCAAAGACAUGAACUAUAUCACAAAGCAAGCUAUAGAAGUCGUAAACUUUGUCAAAUCGAAAGGCAUCGAAGUACGCUUCUCAUCGGAAGACUCCUUCCGCAGCGAUUUGGUUGAUUUACUGAGCAUCUAUCGCACGGUUGACAAAUUAGGCGUCAAUAGAGUGGGCAUUGCAGAUACCGUUGGAUGUGCUAACCCACGGCAAGUGUAUGACUUAGUAAGGACACUCAGAGGAGUCGUAUCCUGUGAUAUUGAGUGUCAUUUUCAUAACGAUACUGGGUGUGCUAUUGCUAAUGCAUAUGCUGCGUUAGAAGCAGGCGCUACACAUAUUGAUACCUCGGUGUUAGGUAUCGGUGAGAGAAACGGAAUUACACCUUUGGGCGGACUUGUUGCAAGAAUGUAUACUGCCGACAAAGAAUACAUCAAGAACAAGUACAAGUUACAUAUGCUUCGUGAUUUAGAGAACUUAGUUGCAGAUGCUGUACAAGUACAAGUGCCAUUUAAUAACUACAUUACAGGAUACUGUUCGUUUACCCAUAAAGCUGGAGUCCAUGCGAAAGCUAUUCUCAAUAACCCGAGUACUUAUGAAAUUCUCAAGCCAGAGGACUUUGGAAUGACCCGCUAUGUUUCUAUUGGUCAUCGCUUGACCGGUUGGAACGCGGUCAAGAAUCGUGUUGAACAAUUAGAUAUCAAAUUGACCGAUGAUCAAGUUAAACAGGUUACUAUCAAAAUCAAGGAACUGGCAGACAUUCGGCCGCUGACCAUGGAAGACGUCGAUAAUCUCCUCAGGGACUUCCACAACGCUAUUACAUCUGGUGACCAGUUACGGGUAGAUGGUGUGUUGGCUGUCGAGACCAAUUAG